AUGAUACUUCACCCCACUUCUUCUCCGAUGAAGAUCUUACCAGCUCCGCCGCAACCUGAUCAUGAUCCUACUCAGUCCCCUGUCCAUCCAACACCGCCAGUCCCAACAGCAGCUACUAGUCCAGCACCAAUCCCAGCACAACCAACUCCUAUGGCCGAGCAAUCCACUCCAGCACAAGCCUCAUCGAGCAAGAAGAGUUACAAGAGAACCGCAUACCGUAUACUUCAGCCGUCUCUUUCUCAACCAUCAGUAGUAGACUCUGGAUCCAAGAGUCUCUCUCCUCCCAAACGACACCGAACGAGGGAGUCUAGUCAAGCCACCCCACCACAGUGA